AUGGCUGCGCGGGUCGGAGCGCUGGCAGCGCUGGCAGUGCUCGCAGUGCUGGCAGCGGUGGCAGUGGUGGCAGCGGUGGCCCUGCUGGCUGUGGCCGAGGCGGCGCUGCCGAAGCCGGCGCGGGCGCCCCCGGUUCUGCACAAGCCUUUCCUGGUGGUGUGGAACGCGCCCACCGAGCAGUGCCGGCUGCGGUACAAGGUGGACCUGGACCUCGGCGUUUUUGACAUCGCAUCCAACAUCAACGAGACUCUGAGUGGAUCCAACGUGACAAUCUUCUACCACACCCAUCUGGGACACUACCCCUACUACUCAGAUAAUGGAGAUCCCGUUAAUGGAGGGGUGCCCCAGAAUGAAAGUCUUAUCAAGCACCUCAGCAAAGCAAAGUCUGACAUUGACUAUUGCAUACCCAUGAAGAAAUUUCAGGGACUUGCAGUCAUUGACUGGGAAAACUGGAGGCCCCAGUGGGAUAGGAACUGGGGCAAUAAAAGCAUUUAUAGAAAUAAAUCUCUCGAGAUUGUUAGGAGACGGCAUCCUCGGUGGUCAGAGGACAAAAUUAGGAAAGUGGCUAAAGAAGAAUUUGAAAAUGCUGGCAGGAGUUUUAUGAAUAACACCAUCCUUCUGGCUGAGCACAUGAGACCAAACGGUUUGUGGGGUUACUACCUUUACCCAGACUGCUACAAUUACGAUUACAAAGAACACCCCCAGACAUACACAGGGAAAUGCCCAGCCAUUGAGUCCUUCCGCAACGACCUCCUGCUCUGGCUGUGGAGGGAAAGCACUGCUCUCUACCCAUCUAUAUACCUGGAUUAUAUACUGAAGUCAAGUCCAAAUGCAUUAAAAUUUGUUCACUAUCGGGUUAAAGAGGCAAUACGUGUUGCCUCAAUUGCUAGAACAGACUAUGUUUUGCCAGUAUUUGUUUACUCCAGACCAUUUUAUGCCUAUACUUUUCAUGUUUUAACAGAGAGGGAUCUGGUCAGCACCAUUGGGGAAAGCGCGGCGUUGGGAGCAGCGGGAGUUGUUCUCUGGGGCAGCAUGCAGUACGCCAGCUCAAAGGAGAGCUGCUUAACGGUGAAGCGGUACAUCGACGGACCUUUGGGGCACUAUGUCAUCAAUGUGACCUCAGCAGCCAAGCUCUGCAGCAAAGUGCUGUGCAAGAAGAAUGGCAGAUGCAUCCGCAGGAACAGCGACUCCUCUGCCUACCUCCAUUUGUCACCCAGGGAUUUCAAGAUCCACGUCCGUCACUCAGAGAGGGGCCCCAGGUUCCAGGUGACUGGCAAACCCAGCCUGGAGAGCAUUGAAGCCAUGAAGCAGAGGUUUAUUUGUCAGUGUUACCAGGGCUGGACAGGAAUAUUUUGUGAAUUGCCUGACCAAAGUCUAUUGGAACACUGGGUUCAUGUAGUGUUUAGUAGAUCAAGAGAACAAAGCCUUUUUAGCUUCCUCUUAGGAGCCAUGCAGCUUCUUCUGCUUUGUUCUACGCAUUAAGGUUUCUAAGGCAGUUCAAGGGAAUAAAAAUGGUGCCUCUAAGAGUCCUGUUUCUUAAAAGAAAUUAUUGUAAAGGGAAAAGGUAUUCUUGAUUAAAUGAUUUUAUUCUGUUUUAGUAAUU